AUGAUGAGCACAUCUUUGCUACUCCCUUCCCCCUCUUGUGCUAAUGUUCUGAGCAGAGGGACUAAUAGAAUUUCCACUUCUGCUUCAUUUCACACACUUAAAUCAUCUCAUGUGAAGGGCUUCAGAGUACGAGCUCUUAGAGAGAAAACGGAGGAAAUUGAAAGCCCUUCACAGACAUCUUCACCUGAAGAAGUUACAAAGAAGUAUGGCCUUGAAGCUGGACUCUGGAAGAUUUUCAGCUCAAAAGAGGAAGGAAAGGAUGAUUCUGACCAACGAAAAUCAAAGGGUGAUCAGGCCAAGGAAUUGCUAGCAAAAUAUGGAGGAGCAUACCUGGCCACCUCGAUUACACUGUCAUUGAUUUCUUUCGCGCUUUGUUAUGCACUGAUUAGUGCUGGAAUUGAUGUCCAAGCCUUACUGCAGAAGGUUGGAAUCUCAGCUGACGAGACUGGCGAAAAAGUUGGUACCUUCGCUUUGGCAUAUGCUGCACAUAAAGCUGCGUCUCCAAUUAGGUUUCCACCCACAGUGGCUCUUACGCCGAUUGUGGCCGGUUGGAUUGGAAAGAAAGUUGAGAAAGAUAAGUAG